CAAUAGGAUCCAAGGUGGAUAUGAAAAUGUGCCAACGAUUGAUAUCCACAUGAAUCAGGUGGGCUACGAAAAAGAAUGGCACAAGUUCCUUUUGGACUACGUAGCACCGGUCACUGAGAAGAUGUACCCAGGAUACUACACAAGGGCUCAGUUUGAUCUGGCGUUUGUAGUCCGAUAUAAACCUGAUGAACAGCCCUCACUCAGACCACAUCACGACGCCUCUACUUUCACUAUCAAUAUAGCACUCAAUCAAGUGGGGAUCGACUAUCAGGUGAGUGAAAAAAACAUGAUGACGCUUGGCUCUGCUAUACACUGCUUUUUUGGGUUUUCUGUCAAAUGCUUGUUUCUUACACUAAAAAAAUUAAACGACUGUCUUAUUUAAAGUGCAUUUCUAUAUCA